CCGGUAAACCACAUGUUCGCAAUGUUAAUCAAGUAAUGUCAAUGUCACGAAAUGGGCAGCAGCACUAUCCCGAGUACUUUUCUCAAGAAUAUAGCGCAAAAUGGCAUUGGAAGGCAUGUGUGUCAGCUACAACGACUAACACUGAGCUUGUGUAAAUCCCAUCCUUCAAGCGCAGCGGCGAGGAAGUUUGUUGAAGAUGACCUACUGGACUUCACCAAAGGCAAUCCAGGCAUUGUGUUCUAUGUUAAACCCAGGAGACACAGAGCCCCUGUAUUAACUGCUGAAUUCUUAAAUGGAUACAAAGAGAUGAUUGAUCUGACCCGGUGUACCAAAGAGGAAAUUGCUCAGUGGAUCGGUCUUAUGCGAGGGAGAUCAGGUGUUCAGAUUAUGAGGAUAAGGAAAGACUGGCAUACCGAUACCCCUUCGAUUCAAGGAAUGUGGAACCCUUUCAUGUUCAAAGACACAAAAUUAAAUGUGACUGACAAAAUGGACAAGAGCUUGUCUGAGUACAUUUCUAAAUACAAGUCAGCUUCUCAGAAACUUAUAGAAAUGAAGAAACUUCAAAAGCAGCAAAAAGAGCUUGAACAGCCACUGAAAGAAAGCACAAGAGUAAUUCAAGAAAAGAAAAAGGCUGCAAGUCACUGAAAUAACACUUUGUCCAUGUAUUCCUUAUUUACCAGUAUUUAGUUUGAAUUAAAAUAUUAUGGCUCUCAUUUUAAA